AUGGACGAAGCUGCGCCUCCAUCCAAAAAGGCGGCGAAAAAGGCCGAAGCCAAGGCCAGAAAGGAGGCAUUGAAGGCACAGCGCGCCGAUGCACGCCAGGCACCUUCCUCUGCUGUCGAACUUGAUGACCCUGCCAAGGGCUUUUAUGGACAAGCUCCUACCACGCCCAUCGUCUUUUCGUCCAGUGCCGAAGACAUCAGUCUUCGGAACUUUAGCAAUGGAAAUGUAGAAGGCAAAACUAUCAUUCUCAGAGCAUGGCUCCAAACCUCCCGGACUCAGAGUGCCAAGAUGGCCUUUGUUGAACUACGGGAAGAAGGCAACUGGACGAUCCAGGGUGUCGCGACGGCCACAUCGGAGCCCCCGAGCAGGAGUCACCCAUCCCGACCGAUGGUGAGGUGGAUCGCUGGAAUCAACCCUGAGAGCUUCGUGGUGGUUGAGUCCGAGGUACAGCGACCGAUCGAACCUGUCAAGCGCUGCCGGGUGUCGAACUUUGAGCUUCGGAUCACAAGAUGCUAUUUGCUGGCACCAGCGCCGGCAAUUCUGGGCAUGACACUGGCCGCCGCCAACCGACCAGUUGUUGACUUCGAUGAUGAAGCUAUCGGGGCCAAAGCUGGUGUCAAAGAGGAAGAAGAGACCGAUAAGAAGGGGCCCCCAGCCGCAAGUAUGCUUGUGCAUUUGGACAAUAUCGCCAUGCACAAACGAGCUCCGGUUCAACAGGCCAUUGCGGAAUUCGAACCACCCUCUCUGAUUGGCGCAGCAUCUGAAGGUGGCAGCAAUGUUUUCCGUAUGCCGUACUUUGCCCAGGAGGCCUUCCUUGCUCAGUCGCCGCAGUUCUACAAACAAUUCGAGAUUGCUGGGGGGAGAAAACGCGUGUUCAGCAUCGCACCAGUUUUCCGCGCCGAGAAUUCCAACACUCCCCGCCACAUGACUGAAUUUACGGGGCUCGAUCUCGAAAUGGAAAUUCGUAAUGACUACAGCGAGGUUCUAUAUCUUCUGGAAGGGGUUCUUCUUUAUAUAUUCCGCCAAGUCUACCGGAUUUUCAAGGACGAGAUUGAACUCGUCCGCUCCGUCUACCCGUCUAGCGAGAUACUUUUGCCCGAACCUGGCCAGGAGGUUCGCCUAACGUUUACACAGGCUCAACAACUUCUUCGCGAGGAAGGGCCGGCGGAGUUCCGUCAUGUGCGCGAUGACGAGGAUAUGAGUACACCACAGGAGAAGGCACUCGGCGCCUUGGUGAGGCAGAAGUUCAAUACGGACUUUUACGUCGUCGACAAGUUUCCCGAAACUGCCAGGCCGUUCUAUGCAAAGCUGGACGACACGGCAGCGGAAGGCUCAGCUGAAGGUGCUGUCAAGGUCACGAAUGCGUUCGACAUGUUUCUGCGAGGACAGGAGAUCCUCUCUGGUGGGCAGCGCAUCAACCAUCCGGACGAGCUGGAGGUCCGCAUCAGGGCUAAAGGUAUUGAUCCCGCGAGUCCUGGUAUCGAUGGUUAUGUUCAGGUGUUCCGCCAGGUUGGUGUGCCGCCCCAUGGCGGUGGCGGUAUUGGCCUUGACCGCAUCGUUGCGUGGUACCUGGGCCUUCCGAGCGUUCACCUCGCGGCUUACUAUCCGAGGACUCCGCGAAGACUGUUGCCAUGA